AUGAGCAUUUUAAGAGUAGGGCAAAAUAUCAUUAUCAAACCACUUAUCCAUGCACAUACUCUAGUCUGACUUCACGGUUUAGGUGACUCUGCUGAUGGCUUUUUAGACCUUUUUCAAGGAUUUGAACUCUUGCCAAAUGCAAAAAUUGUUUUACUUACUGCUCCUGUUAGGCCUGUAACUCUAAAUUUUGGUAUGCAAAUGACUAGUUGAUUUGAUAUUGUAGAUAUCAGCUCUAGAGCUCUUAUUCCUGUUUAUAAGAAAAACAAUAGUAAAUAAUGAAAUCAAUAUCCUAUUUUUUCAUAUAAUAAAAACUUAUUUUAUAGAAAUUUGCAAUAACAAUGAAGCCAUAGAAAGCGCUAAAUUAAUAACUUCAACUAUUGAAGAAGAAAGUAAAACUUGCAGUUCAAUUAUUCUUGGUGGGUUUUCUCAAGGAGCUGCAAUGUCGUUGUAUACUGGACUUGUUCAUUACCCUGGAAAAAUUGAUGCUAUAAUUGCUUUAAGUGGAUAUGUCUUUGAUUUUCAAGUCCCUGAGAAUAAAAAAAAAGUUCCUAUAUUUAUGUAUCACGGGAAGAAUGAUUCUAUGGUUAGUGAAGAAUAUGCUGCCCAAACUGCAAAAAAAAGUUUAGCAGGGUGCAAUUUGACAUACACAACUGAAGAUUAUCUAACACAUGGAAUUAGUGAUAAAGAACUUGAAUUAGCUAAAAGCUGGCUGCAGAAUGUAUUGAAUAAAAAAUUAGUUUAA